CGAUCGCGCGGAGGUUUUCGUUCGGAGAAACGGUGAACAAUGUAGUAGAAUUGCACCGACUUUUCAUCCAUUUUCUUCGAACCGUGUUUCCGAUUGAUUUUCCAGCGUUACCAUCGAAUUACUCUACAAAGUGUUGCGACGAGUCUGUCCAAGUGCAAAUAUGUUGUUUUUAAUUGCAACGUGUGGAGAUAUCCUUGAGAGAAAGUUUGUGAACAGUUUGUUGGAGAAAAUAUGACUGACUGUUAAUUCAUAGUAGGAUAAAAGGACGAGCGAUUGUUGACUCGGUUUUCUGGCGUUUCGUCGACUUUCGAACGAGUGUAACAAUCGAGAAACAUGAUCAGCGAUACAAGGACGAAAGUCACGGAUCCUCUUUUAGAGGCGCUCGAUAAACUCGGUUGCGGCUCCAAUUUUCUAUGGAUUAUAUUCAUUUUUACGCUAACACCGACGAUAUUCAACGGAAUGCACUCCAUGUCCUAUAUCUUUAUCGCCGAAGUGCCUACGCAUUGGUGUUCGAUAGAAAGUUUGACAGCAGCUAAUUGGACAGACGAACAGAUAAGGAACAUUUCUUCGUCUAGUCCUUGCACGAUGUACAACUACGACUAUGAAAAUUUCGCGCACAUUGGGUUCGAGGAAGCGUUGGAAUAUAAAAUAGCGCACCCUUUACCGGAAUCGAUCGAUUGCCAAGUGAGAAGUUUCGCGAACGACAUCGGUGGAACUUCCUACGUUCAGGACUGGGACCUGGUCUGCGAUAAAAGCGCGGCUCGUUCGAGCACCCACAUGGCACUGUCUCUCGGGAAAUUAUUAGGCAGCGCUUUCUUCGGGAUUUUCGCGGACAAGUACGGCCGAAAAAUGAGUUACAUUAUCGGUAUAAUAUUGUUGAUCACCUCUGGUCCAGCCGGUGCAAUUGUUCCUUGGUACUGGGCAUUUAUGCUCUCGAGGAUAAUUAACGGCGUCAGCCAUGCCGCCAUACAGUAUUCGUCGUUCACAACACUUACAGAGGUAGCAGGUGAGAAGCACAGACAGUGGAUGGGAAUCGCUUACAACACCGGCUACGCCACAGGAAUAGUGAUCGUCCCAGGCAUAGCUUACUUCUUUCACGAGUGGAGACAUAUUCAAUUAGCGAUAUCUCUACCCGCUCUGCUUCUGCUAAUACACCUGUGGUUCAUGCCAGAAUCUCCGCGAUGGCUGAUAGCGCAUAAUCGUCGCGAAGAAGCCAAGGAUUUGAUCGAUAAGGCGUGCAAGAGAAGCUCCACUGUCACCGUGACGACGUCGCUGACGUUAGCUAUUCAAAGACACGAAUUAAAGGACUCGGACGAUCUGAUACUCACCCCGAAAACGUCAGAUUCGACUAACUCCGACAAAGAUCGAUUGCACAAAAAUAUCAAAGGGUUUCGAGUGUUGAUCAGCAACAGCGAGUUAAGAAAGAGAAUUCUUAUCACGAAUUACGCUUGGAUGACUGCCUCUCUCACCUAUUACGCGUUAGCGUUAAACGUGAACAAUUUCUCAGCCAACCGGUAUAUUUACGUUCUGGUGAUGGGUCUGACCGAGAUACCGGCAUACUUGAUACCAACGCCAAUUCUAAUGGUGAUGGGACGUCGACCAGGAAGUUCUGCUCUGUACAUCAUCGCUGCGUUCUGUCUGCUGUGUAUUUUAGUCAUACCAACGACGGAAAGUGACGCGAUCAUGGUUGUCUCGUUGAUAGGAAGAUUCAGCGCGUCGGCUGCUUAUGGCAUCGCUAUUUUGUACAGCUCCGAACUUUUCCCCACGGUGUGCAGGAACUCCGCGGUUGGAACGAAUUCCGCGAUGUCCCAUGUCGGAAGCGUGGCUGCGCCUUACGUCGCUGACUUAUUAGGAGCUGUUGUGUGGUGGGGACCGACCACACUGUGCGGCUGCUUGGCGCUAAUAGCUGGUCUGCUGUGCCUGGUGUUGCCGGAAACACGCGGCAGGCCAUUGGCGAACACCGUGAACGAGGAAAUCACGGAAGAACGGGACAACGUGUCGUUGUACAACUGUUGCAAGUGUCGAUGACGAGAUAAUCUCGUUUCCCAACAAUGUGUUCUCACGUACACCCUAUUCUAACUACCUUUUACACUGCUUUUUAUACAAGUAUUCGACGAUACAGAUGCACGUCUGAUAAGUACUCCUUUUUUCUUUUGUGUAUUCACGAUGAUAUAAGGGGAUACACCGCGUUGAGGUGUCUGAAAAUGGGUAAAGUUUGGGAAUUUU